GAAGAAAGUCAGGUGGACACACACUUGGAUUCCCAUGUGUUCUCUCCACCAGUCCACUUCUCAACAUCAAUGGAAAAUUGACCAAAAAACGAACAAAAAAACAAACAAAAAAAAAAAGAUUCCUAGUCAUAAGGGUUUGGUAGUUUUUUGAGGUACAUUGUCAUGGAAGAAGAGAGGGAAGAACUAGUAGGAUCAAACACUGUGGAAAAAGGGUUCUUUUCGAAUCAUGAUACGUCGAUUCCAGAGAAGUUGGAAUUGACUGUGGAUCAAGUUAUAGAGGAAUAUGUUGGAUCAUUUGGAAUAUCUCAGUUGUUGCAUGUUUUUUUGGUAUCAGUAACAUGGAUUUUUGAUGCUCAUAGUACUUUAGUCACUAUAUUUACUGAUGCUCAGCCUGCUGAAUGGAGAUGCAUUAGCUCAUCGCCGUCGUCGUCAUGCCAAAGUAAUUCUGGUAAUGCUGCUGCUGCUUCAGUUUGUGGAUUGAAGCCAGGAACUUGGGAAUGGAUUGGUGGAAAUUCAAGUUCUACUAUUGCUGAGUGGGGAUUGAUUUGUGACAACAAAUAUCUUGCUGCUUUGCCAGCUUCACUCUACUUCCCUGGAUCUCUAAUUGGGGCUGCUGUAAUUGGUCGACUGGCGGAUGGAUUACUAGGAAGGAAGAGGGCACUAGUCAUUUCAUGUCUCCUAACCUCAGCAACCACUUUUGUCUGCUCCCUAUCACCAAACAUAUGGGUAUAUGCCUUUUUCCGCUUUGCUAGUGGUUUUUCAAGAGCAGGCAUUGGCAUAUGUUGUCUUGUACUGUCUACAGAAGCUGUUGGUCGAAAAUGGCGUGGUCAAGUUGGCCAGUUCGGCUUCUUUUUCUUCACAGCGGGCUUUCUUUCACUUCCUGUGAUUGCAUACCCUGCUAGAACUUGUUGGAGAAACAUAUACAAGGUCAUCUCAAUUCUGCCCCUUGUUUAUUCAGUCUUUAUACUUCUGCCAUUUGUAUCAGAAUCUCCUCGAUGGCUUCUCAUUCGAGGAAGAAGCAAAGAAGCUCUUCAUGUAUUGGAAAGAUAUGCAAGGAUCAAUGGCAGGGCAAUGCCAGAGAACCUAUGCUUAUUGGAGCCUUCUCUUGCUGCUAAAAAGGUUAGCACAGGCGAAGAAGUUCUACCAAAAAAGACUAUAUGGAACACGAAAUGGGCUGCCAGAAGAUUUGUUUUGGUCAUGAUAACAGGAUUUGGAAUUGGCUUUGUAUAUUAUGGCCUUCAACUUAAUGUAGAAAAUUUGAACUUCAACAUAUACCUCACAGUAGCAGUAAACGCCACGAUGGAGAUUCCUGCAGUGUUCUUCGGUAGCUUAUUACUUAGCAUGGCUGAUCGCCGGGUAAUUUUUUCUCAAUCUGCUUACAUAGCUGGAUUUUCAAGCAUCCUUUGCAUAUUAUUUGCAAAUGUGGGAGAUAAAUCAGGAGGAAGCUGGCCACAAUUGAUCCUUGAAGCGAUUGGGUUCAUGGCAAUUUCGACUGCAUUUGAUGUUCUGUAUAUUUAUUGUGUAGAACUCUUCCCAACGAAUGUGAGAAAUUUCGCUGUUUCAAUGUUGCGGCAAGCAUUGAUGUUAGGGGCAUCUAUGGCUCCUCUGUUGGUGGCUGUUGGCAGAUUCAUUCCUUAUAUAGGCUUUCUCAUUUUUGGGUUGCUUUCCAUUUUAAGUGGAGCCUUGAGUUGGUGGCUGCCUGAGACAAGAAACUCCCCUUUGCAUGAGACAUUGGAGCAUCAAGAACAGGAAGAGAAACUAGUUUCUGCUCCCACAGAAUUAGUGAUUGAACUUUAGUAAAACAAGCUAACUUCAUACAGUUUUAGUGCAUCUUCGAUGUAGUUUUCGUGCAAAAACAGCAAGAUCAAUAUGCUGCAUUGGAUCUUCACCGGUUGACCCAAUUGAGAUCUGACAUCUCACUCUUCAUCUCUCAUUCACAAAAGAUUCAUAAAAGCUAGAUCCUUGGCUCAUUUUUUUUUCUUUAUUUUAAUUUAAUCAUUGUGUUCUGUUAGUGGAAUUAAUAAUGAAAUGGUGAAGUUUCAUUAACCUCUGAUUUAUGAAUUUUAUGGUCAUAGUUUCAUUAAUUCCAGGAUUUAUGUAGUUCUAC